AUGCCUCCCAAGCAGAAGGUCGCCCGCGCUCCCCAGGAGAACAUCCAGCUCGGACCCCAGGUCCGCGAGGGUGAGCUCGUCUUCGGUGUUGCCCGUAUCUUCGCCUCGUUCAACGACACCUUCGUCCACAUCACCGAUCUGUCUGGCCGCGAAACCAUCUCCCGUGUCACCGGUGGCAUGAAGGUCAAGGCCGACCGUGACGAGAGCUCUCCCUACGCCGCCAUGUUGGCAGCCCAGGAUGUCGCCGCUCGCUGCAAGGAACUCGGAAUCACCGCUCUCCACGUCAAGAUCCGAGCUACUGGUGGUAACGGCACCAAGACCCCCGGCCCCGGUGCCCAGUCCGCUCUCCGCGCUCUUGCCCGUGCUGGCAUGCGCAUUGGACGUAUCGAGGACGUCACCCCUACCCCAUCCGACUCGACCAGGAGAAAGGGUGGUCGCCGUGGUCGUCGUCUCUGA